GGCAGGAAAACCCUUAUCUUUUAACACAAAAAAGUAAACUUUUUAUCCAAAUUUUGAGAAACAGAGUAACCAAAAGACUGUAAUCAUAUAUCCAUGGCGAUUUUGAGCUGCCAAACAUACUUUAUCAAUUCUAAAAAAAUUAUAAAGACAAAGCCAUUCAUCUGUUGCUCAUCAUCAUCAUCUCAAAACAACAAUGUGAAGGUAAUCAUAAAUGGAGCUGCUAAGGAAAUUGGCAGAGCUGCCGUUAUUGCUGUCACUAAAGCUAGAGGAAUGGAAUUGGCUGGCGCUGUUGAUUCUAAUUUUGUUGGACAAGAUAUUGGACAGGUUUGUGACAUGGAAGAGCCUCUAGAAAUACCAAUAAUUAACGACCUUACCAUGGUCUUGGGUUCGAUAUCCCAGUUAAAAGCAACGGGAGUAGUCAUUGAUUUCACUGAUCCUUCUACAGUUUACGACAAUGUCAAACAGGCAACAGCAUUUGGGAUGAAUAGUGUUGUUUACGUUCCCAGAAUUAAGCAAGAAACUGUCAUGGCUUUAUCUAUGUUAUGCGAGAAGGCCAGCACGGGUUGUUUGGUUGCACCAACUCUAUCAAUUGGAUCCAUACUUCUUCAACAAGCAGCAAUUUCAGCUUCUUUUCACUACAACAAUGUUGAAAUUGUUGAGUCUAGAGCUAAUCCACUGGAUUUUCCAAGCCAGGAUGCAGUUCAAAUUGCUAACAACCUUUCCAAUUUGGGUCAGCUGUAUAAUAGAGAUGACAUUUCUAGUGAUAUUCCGGCAAGGGGUCAAGUUCUUGGGGAAGACGGAGUGCGUGUUCACAGCUUGGUUCUACCAGGGCUCCCAUCUAGUACAUCAGUUUACUUCUCGAGGCCAGGAGAGGUUUACACACUAAAGCAUGAUAUCACAGAUGUGCAAUGUCUCAUGCCAGGCUUGAUUCUGGCCAUUAGAAAAGUUGUUCGCCUCAAGAACCUGGUCUAUGGCUUGGAGAAGUUUUUAUAAGAACAGAUACUAAGAGGCUAAUGGGACCAUAGGCAACACUGAGAUAUCUUGUAAAGAGUACAUGAAUGGAGAGAUACGAAAGACAGAUGCAGCCAAGAGAGAAAUUCCCAAUAUACUGCUGUCAAAAGAAUGUUACAAAAAUGUCGGAUCACAAUAAGCAACUUAUUAAAGAGCUGAUUAAAUUUGAGAAUAUUUUUUUUCCCAUGUUGCCUAAAAGCCGGAAUAUAGAAAUUGUACUCUGUAGAAGAUGUCAAACUUAAACUGAAUAAUAUCCCACCACCCCCACACCCCACCCUUUUUUCGAAA